AUGGACGAGGGUGGCCGGGACAAGGCGCCGCUGCCCCAGCAGCUCCCAGUGACGGCCCCCGGUGGCGCGGACGAGAAGCAGAGCGGCAAGGAGCGACGCGAUGCAGGGGACAAGGACAAAGAGCAGGAGCUGUCUGAGGAGGACAAACAACUUCAGGAUGAACUGGAGAUGCUCGUGGAACGACUGGGGGAGAAGGACACAUCCCUGUAUAGACCAGCCCUGGAGGAACUUCGAAGACAGAUUCGUUCAUCUACAACCUCUAUGACUUCAGUGCCGAAACCGCUUAAAUUUCUGCGUCCACAUUAUGGCAAACUGAAGGAAAUCUAUGAGAACAUGGACCCUGGGGAGAAUAAGCGCUUUGCGGCUGACAUCAUCUCUGUCUUGGCCAUGACCAUGAGUGGGGAGCGUGAGUGCCUCAAGUAUCGGCUAGUGGGCUCCCAGGAAGAAUUGGCAUCAUGGGGUCAUGAGUAUGUCAGGCAUCUGGCAGGAGAAGUGGCUAAGGAGUGGCAGGAGCUGGAUGAGGCAGAGAAGGCACAGCGAGAGCCCCUGCUGACCCUCGUGAAGGAGAUUGUCCCCUACAAUAUGGCCCACAAUGCAGAACACAAGGCUUGUGAUCUGCUCAUGGAAAUCGAGCAGGUCGAUAUGCUGGAGAAGGACAUUGAUGAGAACGCAUAUGCAAAAGUCUGCCUCUAUCUCUUGGGUGUAUUCCGGAAGUUCAGCCGCUUCCCCGAGGCUCUGAGAUUGGCAUUGAUGCUCAAUGACAUGGAGCUUGUGGAAGACAUCUUUACCUCCUGCAAAGAUGUGGUAGUACAAAAACAGAUGGCAUUCAUGCUGGGCCGACAUGGGGUGUUCCUGGAGCUGAGUGAAGAUGUCGAAGAAUAUGAGGACCUGACAGAGAUCAUGUCAAAUGUGCAGCUCAACAGCAACUUCUUGGCUUUAGCUCGGGAGCUGGACAUCAUGGAGCCCAAGGUGCCUGAUGACAUCUAUAAAACCCAUCUAGAGAACAACAGAUUUGGAGGCAGUGGCUCUCAGGUUGACUCUGCACGCAUGAAUCUGGCCUCCUCUUUUGUGAACGGCUUUGUGAAUGCAGCCUUUGGUCAGGACAAGCUGCUAACUGAUGAUGGCAACAAAUGGCUUUACAAAAACAAGGACCAUGGGAUGUUGAGUGCAGCUGCAUCUCUUGGCAUGAUUUUGCUAUGGGAUGUGGAUGGUGGCCUCACCCAGAUAGACAAGUACCUGUACUCCUCUGAGGACUAUAUCAAGUCUGGAGCCCUUCUGGCCUGUGGCAUUGUGAACUCUGGGGUCCGGAACGAGUGUGACCCUGCUCUGGCACUGCUCUCAGACUAUGUUCUUCACAACAGCAACACCAUGAGGCUCGGAUCCAUCUUUGGGCUGGGCUUAGCCUAUGCUGGCUCCAACCGUGAAGAUGUUCUAACGUUGCUGCUGCCUGUGAUGGGAGAUUCCAAGUCCAACAUGGAAGUUGCAGGUGUCACCGCCUUGGCUUGUGGAAUGAUAGCAGUGGGAUCAUGCAACGGAGAUGUCACUUCCACUAUCCUUCAGACCAUCAUGGAGAAGUCCGAGACGGAGCUGAAGGACACUUAUGCCCGUUGGCUUCCUCUUGGACUGGGCCUGAAUCACCUGGGGAAGGGCGAGGCCAUUGAAGCAAUCUUGGCUGCACUGGAGGUUGUGUCAGAGCCAUUCCGCAGUUUUGCCAACACAUUGGUGGAUGUGUGCGCCUAUGCAGGCUCUGGGAAUGUCCUGAAGGUGCAGCAGCUGCUCCACAUCUGUAGCGAACACUUUGACUCCAAGGAGAAGGAGGAUGAUAAAGACAAAAAGGAUAAAAAGGACAAGGACAAGAAGGAAGCCCCUGCUGACAUGGGAGCACAUCAGGGAGUGGCUGUGCUGGGCAUCGCCCUGAUUGCCAUGGGGGAAGAGAUUGGUGCUGAGAUGGCACUACGGACCUUUGGCCACUUGCUGAGGUACGGGGAACCUACACUCCGGCGGGCCGUCCCUUUAGCCCUGGCCCUGAUCUCUGUUUCAAAUCCACGGCUCAACAUUCUGGAUACCCUUAGCAAAUUUUCCCAUGAUGCUGACCCAGAAGUGUCCUACAACUCCAUCUUUGCCAUGGGAAUGGUGGGCAGUGGUACCAAUAAUGCCCGUCUGGCUGCAAUGCUGCGCCAGUUAGCCCAGUAUCAUGCCAAGGACCCCAACAAUCUCUUCAUGGUGCGCUUGGCACAGGGCCUGACCCAUUUGGGGAAGGGUACACUCACCCUCUGUCCUUACCAUAGUGACCGGCAGCUUAUGAGUCAAGUGGCUGUGGCUGGGCUGCUUACGGUACUUGUCUCCUUCUUGGAUGUCCGAAACAUCAUCCUAGGUAAAUCACACUAUGUACUGUAUGGGCUGGUGGCCGCCAUGCAGCCCCGGAUGCUGGUUACAUUCGAUGAGGAGCUGCGACCAUUGCCAGUGUCUGUCCGCGUGGGCCAGGCAGUGGAUGUAGUGGGCCAAGCUGGCAAGCCCAAGACUAUCACAGGGUUUCAGACACACACAACCCCCGUGUUGUUGGCCCAUGGAGAGAGGGCAGAGUUGGCUACAGAGGAGUUUCUUCCUGUUACUCCCAUUUUAGAAGGUUUUGUUAUUCUUCGGAAGAACCCCAACUAUGACCUCUAA